AUGGCUACAUCGGCCACCAGUGGCCCUGUGGAUUACGCGGCCCGAUGUGAUCCGAUGCGUCUUUUGACCGGUUCAGCUACUGCGCGGUUGCAUCCGCACCAUCGAUCUGUCACUACUACACCCUCUUGGUCCCUAGCUGAUCCUGGAAUAACCGUGCAUGGAAAACGUGUUCCGAAUCAUCCACAACCGGUAGUAGCUCUAUCUGGCAAGCGAAUCACAACUGAAGGUCUCCUCGGUAAAUCCCAAUCGAUCGAUCGAACAGAGACUCAGUUUAUCGGUUAUCAUCACUGCACCACGGAUACAGUGGUUUAUAAAGUUCGUUUUUCACUGUAUCACAGUGUGCAAAGGCAAUGA